CAUUGGCGCGCGGCGGGCGGCGGACGCGACGGGCUGGCUGCGAGCUCCUCCCGUGGCGAGGCUGCCCCAGGACCCGCACGUGGGCAACGGGCCAUGGCGGACUCAAUUAUCGGCCCGGAGCUCGGCCAAACCCCUGAGCUGGCAAAAAUAGACCUCUUAUUAGUUGGCGAUGUCACUGUUCAGUACCUGGCUGAUAUUGUACAGAAAUUCUUUUCAAAUUUAGCAAAAGUCACCGUCACCAUUAGUGAUGCGAAGAAGGCAGCAGCACUUGUGGAUGAUAGCACGUUCAACAUGGUUUUUCUGAAGUUGACUUCUUUACCAACUGCCGAGGAGCUGAAAGCUGUCAGAUUAAUUAGAUCUGGCAAGAAAAAAAAUACACAUUUGCUCUUUGUUUUUAUAAUCCCUGAGAACUUUAAAGGUUGUGUUUCAGGUCACGGAGCUGAUAUUACUUUAACUGAACCACUGACAGUGGAAAAAAUGAGUGUUGUGAUAAAAUACUGGAAAACAUGUUUCUCAAAUACUGUUAAGAAUGAAAUUUCUGUGAAGCCUGAAGAACCUGAAUUGCCCCUGCAGAAGUCCUGCAGUGAACACCUGAGAUAUUUUUCUACUGAUCUAUUUGCUUGCUCUGAAUCUCUAAGAAAUGACAUUGGGCUUGAAUUAAAGAUUCCGUUGUCAAAUUUCGAGAAAAACAAAAAGAUUUCUCUUCUUCACUCAAGCAAGGAAAAGCUGAGAAGAGAACGAAUCAAGUAUUGCUGUGAGCAGCUGCGUACCCUGUUGCCGUAUGUGAAGGGGAGAAAGAAUGACGCAGCUUCGAUUCUCGAGGCAACAGUUGACUACGUGAAGUAUGUCCGGGAGAAAAUCCCUCCAGCCAUCAUGGGCCAGAUUACAGAAGUACUUCAGAGCAAUAGGAGGUUUUGUAAGAAACAACAAAUGCCCAUCCAGCUAUCUGCCCCUGGCACGUUUAUGGCACAAAGAGAAAACAGUGUGUUGACAAGCACUUAUUCACCUGUGAGAGGGAUCAGAUUCCUGGCUAAUAAGCGCUUGAACGUGUACUCUGUUCCUGCCUCCGGGGCUCCCUUGGAUGAAGCUGUGAGAGGUCAGUUGAGCUCUGCGUCAGAGAACACUAUUGGCGCCGUGUAUAAAACCCGAAUCCCUAGCACAGCUCUCUCUCUUAAUUCCUUCCAUGCUGUCAGAUACUAUUCUAAAGUCGUCCCUUCCUAUGAUGCCGCUGCCGUAACAAAUCAGAACAUUUUGGUGCAUUUUCCAACAGCUGUGCCCAAAGUCUCGAAGUUUCUUCCUCAGCACUGCAAUUCUGUGUUGGGCCAGGCGUGCGCAGCACACCCCAACUGUCUGCAACAGUUUUGGGCGUAUUAAUAGCACAUGUUUGAAAUUCACACUCUAGACCACCUAUUGGGUGCCGUUUGACAAUACGGGAAGAAUGGAACAAAGAAUGAUCUUGAAAGCUACACCCAGAGACCUAAUAUCAAAAGGGUUUGCAUUGUAUGGCUUCUGAUAAAUGUGCUAAAAGCUUCUACAGUCAGAAAGACAGGCAGCAAAAGUGCUAGCCAUAGGUUUUUACUUAUCUUCACACAUACUUGGAUCUCCCCCAUCCCAGGUGCUACAAGAACAAACGGCCUAGGUGACCUAGACUUUUUUUUUUUUCUCAAAAAAUAUUCCACAAUUUAUGCAAAAGGUACACGAUAAAGAAGAUCCACGUAGACUGGGUAAAGUGCAUUGGUGUCACUAAGUACAGAUAUUGCAACUUGAUUCUUAUUUUUAGUAUCACUGUGAAUUACUGUCACUUAUUUCUAGGUGGUAUCUUUUCCAGAUUUGACAUUUUAGAGAGCUUCCUUCAUUAUUCACUAUUCAAACUCAGAUACCAUAGUUCGAGAGAGGUGUUUACCUCCUCACUUGACUACUAAUGAAUAAAUUGACAUGUUUGUUUCUGCAUUUUACCAUCCCUUGAGUGAAAUGACAGCUAAUAGGUAAAUUUUUCUUUCUGGAUCUUUAGUUACAGGCUAGCAGGUCUUUCUUUGUUUUUCAUCUCCUUCUCCCUAUGGGUAUCAGAAAAGAUUGUUGAAAAUAAGGGGAGAAAAAUGUUUGUUUUAUAUUUCACUAAAAUGUUCUUAUGCAUAAUAUAAGUAUUAUUGUUAAAGAAAAUAUUCAGUUCUGACCCUCAAAACGGUAACCCAUUUUUGUUCUGUUUAAUAAAUAUGUGUUCCCUCUUUUAGUAGUACUGUGUAGGGACUUUAAUUUUACUAGAUUUUUGAGAAGUUGGAAAAUUACUUUUGGCAUAGCCUAAUUUUCAUGUUAAAUUGUAUAACUUUUCUUUGAGGAUGGC